CAGAAUACUCAGACCACCAUUAAGCUCUUCCAGGAGUGUUGUCCUCAUUCCACUGAUAGAGUGGUGCUUAUUGGUGGAAAACCUGAUAGAGUUGUGGAAUGUAUCAAGAUUAUUUUGGAUCUUAUCUCUGAGUCUCCAAUUAAAGGACGAGCCCAGCCUUAUGAUCCCAAUUUCUAUGAUGAAACAUAUGACUAUGGUGGCUUCACGAUGAUGUUUGAUGAUAGAAGGGGACGUCCUGUAGGCUUUCCAAUGCGUGGAAGAGGAGGCUUUGAUCGAAUGCCUCCCAAUCGUGGUGGGCGACCUAUUCCUCCAUCAAGAAGAGAUUACGAUGAUAUGAGCCCUCGCAGAGGACCUCCACCACCUCCACCAGGCCGUGGUGGCAGAGGUGGCAGCAGAGCUCGUAAUCUUCCUCUUCCUCCUCCUCCACCUCCUCGUGGCGGAGAUCUUAUGUCUUAUGACCGAAGGGGCAGACCUGGAGACCGUUAUGAUGGAAUGGUAGGAAUUUAAAAUUCAUAUUGUUCUGUUUAGUGUAAUUAGUUAACACUUAGAUAUCUGAAGAAACUGUUCUUGAAUACAUACACAUAUAAGUGU